GAAACGCAUCGUUUAGUAUCGUCGUCUUCUGGGGAAAAUAUCUUUUUUUUUAAACACUAUCAAUUCGACUGGAAAAAGGAUAUUUCCAGAUUAGGUAGAGAGAGAGCAAAAGUACUUUCAUUCAGACUUCAGUUUAAGCUAUGGCGGCGAACGAUUCUUCAAAUGCUAUUGACAUCGACGGGAAUCUCGACUCCGAUUCGAAUCUUAACACUGACGGUGACGAAGCGACCGAUAAUGAUUCCUCGAAGGCAUUGGUUACUAUCCCUGCUCCAGCCGUUUGUCUUUUCCGGUUCGCCGGAGAUGCUGCUGGUGGCGCCGUUAUGGGCUCUAUCUUCGGAUAUGGUUCAGGAUUGUUCAAGAAGAAAGGCUUCAAAGGAUCAUUUGCAGAUGCAGGGCAGUCUGCUAAGACUUUUGCUGUUUUAUCUGGAGUCCACAGUUUGGUUGUUUGCCUUCUGAAGCAAAUCCGAGGCAAAGAUGACGCCAUUAAUGUUGGAGUAGCAGGGUGUUGCACUGGUCUUGCUCUUAGUUUCCCUGGUGCUCCACAGGCUCUUCUACAGAGUUGUCUCACGUUUGGGGCAUUCUCUUUUAUUCUUGAGGGACUCAACAAAAGACAAACAGCUUUGGCACACUCGGUCUCGUUGAGACACCAAACCGGACUGUUCCAAGAUCAUCAUCGUGCUUUACCACUCUCUCUUGCUCUCCCGAUCCCUGAAGAAAUCAAAGGAGCCUUUUCUUCUUUCUGCAAGUCCUUAGCUAAACCAAGGAAGUUCUAAUCUCGUCUUAUUAUUCUCCCUUUCUUGUGUCUUAGGCUCUCUCUAUGUAGAUGUAAAAUUUUCCCGCUUUUGUUGUACUUUGUGAGACAUGUUUUGUGAAAGGCUUUUUGCAAGAGCCAAUUUGAAGAGAAAAAGAGUUGUGUACUUUUUGCUUUAUUGAAUACGAUCUUUACUUUAGACUUUACUACUUCAAAUCAAUUACAUUUGUAUAUCACGUUCUUAAUUUCGCUCCGAAAAGGUAAGACAAUGAUCACAAUUCUCCAAUGAUAUUAGGACCAAAACUUUGUAUCUGAAACCAGUUACAGUAAUUUCUUAUGACAUUGUUUCUUUAAGGAAUCUCAAUGUAAAUCUGAAAUCACUUGCCUUGUUUCUGCCUGAGGCGUUCUUUGACAAAAUCAUUACGGGCUUUAGUACGAGCUUGCUGAGGAGCAACGUUGAGAUACGAAAAAUGGAUUCCAAUGGCGAAAAGAGCAGCCCCUGAGGCAAAAAAUGCCACCGUCAUUGCCAGUUUUCUUUGUGAAGAUGGAUAGCAAAACGACAUCCUCAAAGCUAUCAACUCU